AAGCAGUCAAACCCCCCCUUUAAGUCUUAACAUAUUUUGAACAGAUUAAGUCAGAAUUAUGACAGUGUUGUUAAAUAGAGUAAAUAAAGUCAAGACUCUAAGGUGGUGCUAACAAAAAUUAGCUAUUUUCAGAAUGUGAAAAGUUCAUUUUAUUUGAAAUAAAACCUUAUAUGACUCAUCUAAUAAAUAACCUGGGAUUUGUUAAUUUGUUGCUUUAGAAAAGUGAUGGGACUUCAAUGUUUACUCUAUCUGUAAAAGUAGGCUACCACAUCUCCUUUUGAAUCCUAAAUUGUUUUACUAACUGAACUGUUCCCUCCCAGGUCGACAAAUGUGAGUCACACUCUAUGACUUCCACUGAACUGGAAGUGAACUUUGAAACUUUGUAAUCAACUCAUUGUGUGUUAAAUGGAAUCAGUUAUUUAAGCAAAACAGUUAAGCGGAUAUACUGUUUGCAACAUAAAGACCGGAUCAAUUGGGUGGAGGAAUGAAGAAUGGCAGUGAGCAAUGUGACAGCAUAUGUCGGUCCGGAGUGUGGUUCUGUGAUGGGACUCUUGCUGCUGGGUCGAAGGCAUGCUGGUAAGAGCUCAGUGGGAGACCUCAUCCUCGGACGCAGUGAGUUUGAGCACGGGAAGAAGACGACUCGGUGUGUGAGGAGAUACGGCUGGGUGGACGGCGUGAGGCUGGCCGUCGUGGACACUCCAGGCUGGAGUCUCUUCGGAUUGGCUAACGCCAAACAGGUGAAACGUGAGAUCCUGCGCAGUGUGAUGUUGGCCCCUCCAGGAUGUCAGUUAUUUCUCCUCGUUAUCCCAGUGGACUCUUUCAGCAAGAGAGACGGAAGUGCGAUAGAGAAAUAUCUGGGUGUCCUCGGGGAUGCCGUGUGGUCAUACACUCUGGUGCUCUUUACGUGGGGAGACGAGUUAAGAGGAAAGAAUAUUGAACAGCACAUUGAAAAGAAGGGUGAACCUUUGCAGAAGAUCUUGAGGAAGUGUGACAACAGGUACCAUGUUGUGAACAAUAAAUGUCCAGAAGACUAUACUCAGGUCACUGAGCUGCUUAACAUUUUAAAGCGAAUGAGUGCCAGCACUGGUUGAACACAGAAAAUCAACUUAUAUUUAUGAAAUGUAAUCUCAUUGUAAUUCAUUAUUGAGCUUUUCAUUAUUUAAUCGUCCUUUACUGCCCCCUAUUUAUAAACUGGCAACUAAAAAGAUGUUAAAGGGACAAUGUGUAGGAAUUUCUCCCAUCAGACAACAUGACAUCAUGACUUUUGCGUAAACAUACAUGCCACUUUCAAGUCAAGUGGCGUGUUAUCUAUACGCAUUUUGAGCUAUCUGCGUGUAUGUUUACGUCAUUAAAUGUCUGAGUGGUUCUGCGUGUACAAGUUCACGCCAUUAAAUAUCUGAGCGAAACAAAGCAAAAUGUAGAUCUAGGGUAUCUGGGGAGCGAUUUUUUUUUUUUUUUAC